AUGGGUAUCUCGGAAAGGCAACAGUCAAUACCAGGGGUAGACAGGGGUAUUCCGGGAAGGCAACAGUCAAUACUAGGGAUAGACAGGGGUAGACAGGGGUAUUCCGGGACGGCAACAGUCAAUACUAGGGAUAAACAGGGGUAUUCCGGGAAGGCAACAGUCAAUAAUAGUGGUAGACAGGGGACUUCAAUCAAGACAUGCCCCUUCCAUAGAGUAGAAGAUACGAGCUUUUAUAAACUAAUUCAAUCAUCGCGAAGAAACCAAAGUUACAACAACAGUUGGAACGUACAUGAUGGACAUAGAGGAAGCAUGGGAAGAACUAGUGCUAUCAGAACAGACGUAGUAAUGCAAACUGACAUUAAUUAUAUUCACUUUGGCGAUGUCAUAACCGUUCGUGUCGUAGCACGUGAUAUCAACGGACGUCCACGGAUUCUAGGAGGAGAUUUAUGGCGUGCAUCCAUUUAUAACACCGCCAGACGAUUUGCAUCUAUGGGUAAAGUGAUUGACUAUAACAACGGGACAUAUACUAUAGACUUUUACGCUGGUAGUCCGGGAGUUGUUGAUUUGGAGGUUGUGCUAGUUCUACAGAGAGAAGCGAUAAAAUAUCAGAAUGAUGUGUUCAGACCAACAGAGAAACGAGCAUCUUGGGAAGGAGUCUUUCGAAGCAGCAACAUAACAGAAACAUCUCGUUGUGUUCUAGUUAGAGACAGCACGUGGAUGGAUAAGUGCGAAUUUCCACAUUCAAAAGCUUUAGGAAAGACUAUAUUUGUAUGUGAUCUACCGGACUCAUUGAGUUGCAAUACUCUUACAUCUAUAUCGAAUUUAGCAUCUGAGACAUAUGCAGAUAUGAUGAAAAUGGAUGGUAAAAUAAAGAAAUUGUUUAAAAAGCCGAAUGCAGCACAGGUGUUGACAAGCAAUGUUACUCAGUUUAUCAUCCGGGGUAAAAUAUUGUUAAACGGAAAUGAUAACAACAACGUCCCCGAAUGUGAUGUCGAUUUACCUGAUCCUACAAGUGACGGAUAUUGGCUUGGUACAAGAUGGCACUCUUUAGUAUGCAACGCAAAACAAUGGAAUGAUGUGGCAGAG